GAGAUAAUAGGUUGGCUUAUGAGACCUUCAUCAAUGGCUAUAGCAGAAGUUACGUUGCCAGCACUAAACAACUGCAGACUUCUAAGGAUAAUAUAGAAAGUAGAUUUAAAACUUUUGGAAUGGCACAACUCUGGCAUCUCAUUUUGUAA